AUGUCUAACGUUACUGUCGUCAACAAAAAUGAAAAGAAAGCUAGAGAAAUGAUCUCUAAGUUGAACUUAAAAAGAGUGCCAGGUAUUGCUCGUGUCACUUUCAGAAAGAAGGAUAACCAAAUCGUUGCCAUUGAAAACCCAGAAGUCUACAGAUCUCAAGGUGGUAACUACGUUGUUUUCGGUGAACCAAAGGUUGAUGAUUUCACUCAAAAGUUGGCUGCUGCCCAAGCUCAAGCUGAAGCUUCUGGUAUCCUACCAACUACCGAUGCUAAGGACCCAAAGAACAUCCAAUUAGACAUGGAAGCUGCUGCUGCUGCUGAUAAGAAGGAUGCAUCUGAUGCUCCAGCUGAAGUUGCCGAUGAUGCAGAUGCUGGCGAUUUAUCUGAAGAAGAUAUUAAAUUGAUUAUGGAACAAGCUAACGUCCCAAGAGGUAAAGCUAUUGCUGCUUUAACUGAACAUAAAGGUGACCUUGUUAACGCUAUUAUGUCUUUAUCUAAAUAA